CAACCCCUCUGACACACCGACUGCUCCGACCUGACAUCUUUCUUUUCUGCUUGUACCACGUUUUACACAAGUUGUGGUUCCGACAAAAUGAAUACCACCGUGUCGAAGAAACGCCGGUUCGUUGCCAAUGGCAUGUUCCGUGCGGAAUUGAACGAGUUCCUAACGCGUGAACUGGCCGAAGAUGGAUACUCCGGCGUUGAGGUUCGUGUUACUCCGACGCGCACGGAAAUUAUCAUCAUGGCCACCCGCACCCAGAACGUGCUCGGUGAGAAGGGGCGUCGUAUCCGAGAGCUGACGGCCGUCGUACAGAAGCGUUUCGGGUUCACUGCCGGAACCGUGGAACUGUACGCCGAAAAGGUGGCCACACGCGGUCUGUGUGCCAUUGCGCAGGCAGAAUCGCUCCGCUACAAGCUGAUCGGUGGUCUGGCCGUCCGCCGCGCGUGCUAUGGUGUGCUACGGUUCAUCAUGGAAUCUGGCGCCAAGGGUUGCGAGGUGGUCGUUUCAGGCAAGCUGCGUGGGCAGCGUGCCAAAUCGAUGAAGUUCGUCGACGGACUGAUGAUCCAUUCCGGUGAUCCUUGCAACGAAUACGUCGACACUGCGACCCGCCACGUCCUCCUGCGCCAGGGUGUGCUCGGCAUCAAGGUCAAGAUCAUGCUGCCGUGGGAUCCGAACGGCAAGAUCGGCCCGAAGAAGCCCCUGCCCGACAACGUGUCUGUGGUGGAGCCGAAGGACGAGAUCAUGUAUUCCACGCCGCGAAGCGAACCGAAGAACAAGCCGGUCGAGACGGUUGACCACGUUGGUGGCGAGGUGCCCGCCUAAGAUGGGUGGUAAAAGUUUGUAAAGCAGCGAAGGAUGGGAGUUAUUGGCGUUUGUCCGGUGUUUCUCCCGAUCCGGGAGAACGAAUGGUGAGCGUUGAAAAUACACACCAGACGGUUGGAGAGUAACAUA